UAAUUAGGAAUAUCCAUUUUUUCUUGUGGACACAUUGAAAUUUCAUGUUUUUUAACAUAAUUUAAGUAUAAUUGUAAAAUUCCUACUUGAACUCUCUUUUUCACUUUAGCUUUCCAGGGCAUGUAUUUUCCAAUCUUUCUAAGCAGUAAACAGCUGACUCUUCCACAUUUGUUUAUGGCCAAGUCACAAAUUCAUUAAAAACACAAAACGUUUAAAAAGUAUUUCAGAAAAAAUGGAAACAAAAAAGAUAUCUUUCGGGUUUAGUAAAAUCGCCAAAAAGCCCAACUUAUUGCCAUCUAAUAAAGCAAAGGAAAAAGAAGAUUCUAAAGUUGAGCUCAUAAAAUGUUUAGAAGGCCAAAAAAUAAAACUUAUGCAAGAAAAACAAGUAGCUGCUCCUUUGGUCAUACCACUAAAAGAAAGUACAAAAACUUCGGCCGCGCUGGCAAGCUUGAUCAAGCGGCGUGCAGUUUUACUAGGAGAAGCAGAUGAGCUACCGGCUAAUGAGCCCUUACCUAAUGUAAACUCUACAACUAAAGAUAUAGAUAACUUGCCUUUAGAAGAAAGAGCGGCACGAGAAUUACUUGCUUCGGUGCAAAAUAAUGGCAACGAGACAAUAGACCAAAGUCUUAUAUUACCUGCAUUAAAAGCUGAUGAGUUGCCACUUGAUGGUGCCAAACAAUCAUCUAUAGACGAUUAUGAAAGUGUACCCAUAGAACAAUUUGGCAAAGCAAUAUUGCGCGGCAUGGGCUGGAUAGAACCCAUCCAAAAGAAUGGACAGCCAACAGCUGAGGAAAUGCCAUUUGUACGCCCAAAAGGAAUGGGAUUGGGAGCGGAUAAAGCACUUAAGAAACAACCCUUACUAGUUGCACCGGAAAAGAAUGAAAUACUAGAAAUUAAGAAAUUGGCUUAUGUGCGUGUACUGGGUGGUAAAAAUAAAGAUUUAUAUGGACAGAUUGAAGGUUUCGAUGACCAUGCCGGACGUGUUAUUGUUAAAAUGGCUAUUGGUGGUGCUAAAGAAGCCUUCAACGAGUUUCUUUGUCAACCGGUAUCGAAAAAGGAAUAUGCACAAUACGGCAAAUGCAUUAAUACCGCAAAGUACGAAGAAUAUAAAAGAAUGGAAAAUGAACAAGGUCAAAUUAUAAUUAAGAAGGAAGAUAAGGAUAGAAAAUCGCCGAAGGAUGAGGACAAAGUUAAAGUGGAAAUUAAAAAAGAAGGCGAAACCAACAAAUAUGAUAGAUCAGAUCGGAACAAGAGGGAAAACAACGAGGAAUCACGUAAAAAUAAAUGUGAGAGCUAUAGACAGCGCUCUGAUUAUCAAAGUAGUUCGCGUAAGCACGAUGAUCGUGUUAAUUACUCCAAUAAUGGUGAUCGAGUGGAGGAUGACAGACGCAACCGGCGUAGAAAUAGCGGCUCUCGACAUUAUGAAGAAGAUGAACAGCGCAGUAGCGGCAGUCGACGAGAGUAUUACGAUGAGCGACGCAAUGUACGCGAUCAAAACAAACGCAGAUCAAGAGGUCGCAUCAUUCGCCUUAGUCAAGAAGAGCGUUUACCAUCAGCAAGUAGUAGUAGCAGACGCCAACAGUACACUGACGAUACCAGUGCUUCCUCUGGUACAGAUAGUGAUUCAGACUCUGCAUAUGAACGCAAAAUGAAAAAGAAGUCUAGCCAUAAAUCGAAAGCUAAAAAAAGUAGUAAAAAAUCCAAACGCAAGCAUAACAGAACGACUGAAACAGAGUCUUCAACCGAUAGCGACGGCGAAAAAGAAGCCAUUCUGUGGCAAAAGAAGCAACAUAAAAAAAAGACUAAGAAGAGUAAGAAACCACGCUCAAGAUCGCGAUCACAUGAACGGAGCAGUAGAAGAUGACAACUUUUCGUAUCGAAUUAAAUUACUAGUAUCUAAGAUCUUAACGUAAGCAGACUUCUGUAUUGAUGGAAUAAACUUUAUCGAUUUUCAAUUUGAUAAAAAUAAAAAGAAACACGUAAACUUUAUUGAUGUUGAUUGUAUUUAGUAAUCAUGUUCGUAUUGUAAUAUAUAUGUAUGUAUAUGGAAAUCGCCAGUAGGAAAAAAAC